GGUAAGACGGUAUAUCAGCACAUCAGCACGGCGGGGCCUCAAUCUCGAUUUAGCCCGGUGGUUUUCGUAGGCUGAUCGCGAGUACUGCAAACCUGGCCCGAUUUUGGGUUCCUGCAUCCUUGUCUUGACCUGCCGAGUCAUGCACAAUCAGCCGUGUCCCAGGAUCAGGAGCCCCUCCAAAGGACUGACGAGCACUAAAUCCGCGCUUGCUGAGUGCAUUCAGAGCAAGAUAUCUGGGCAUGAUGAAAUGGUGCCUAGAGACUACACUAGCGUGGCGGGGGUGUGCUGCAUCCGGCCAACGUCACCAUCCUCGGAUCCUGGCGACGGCAGCCAGCACGGACUCGCUCGUCGCUCAGGUCUCUCAGCGAGGCUGCGACGGCUGCCGCACGGUCCAGAACCGCAGAUUUGGGAGGAAGUCUGGUACGCCGCCUCGCGUGGACUGCUGGGGCUGAAGGUCUCUCGCUACACAACCUGUGCUGCACAAAGGCGAAAAGGCUCCCGCGGCCUCGCGACCUGCGCUUCGCCAGCCUACGUGCCGCAUCUUCAGCUGGCCUUUGUCGAGGCCCUCAUGACUGUCGCUUUCAGCUGUAGAUCCAGGCUCGAGAAAUCCAUGUCGGCCCCGCGCAGCCGAGAACCCCCAGAAAGCCUCGCUCUGCACAAGUCAAGUACUGACCAACGAGAAUCCUCUCGACCGCUUUGUACUUCUAGAACCAUCGUCUCGGAUUGGCCGAGCUGAACAUAUCGCAGAAAGCCACAUUUCUUGCCCCUUCAGCCUGAGCAGCCACGAGAGUCGGAGUUGGCGAUCGCGCAGCAUCGUGAUCCAAAAGCAUCAGUACCUAGCAUAGUAGACUGGAAUUUGGUCCCGUGGAUCUGCGGCUUGGCGCUGGUGACUUCAUGCAACUGCCAAUCUGUUGUUCCUUGCGGAGUUUUCGGAGAAUGAGAAUCCAGGUGACCUGGGCGACUCAUUGCGGACAACUCGUUGGUUUCUGUGAGACAAUCAUGGAAAUGGCAGCACGACAUAUUGCGCGAACCGUAUCGCAACUGUUUUCUUGACAG